UUUUCAAAAAACGUUUUCUACCAAUCUACCGAACAUGAGAAAAUAAGUAAGAAAUUCAGUUAUUUUUCACUACCCAAACGAACAUCAGAAAAUAAGUAGAAAUUCACUUAUUUUCCACGAACACAUUUUCCAGGAAAACGUUAUCAGUGAAAAAUAUUUUUCUCCAUACCGAACACAUCCUAUAUCAUUUUUCAACGAAGUGGAUUAGUUGAACCCCUUCCUUCCACUAUUUUGUGAUGAGUGGGUCUCCAUAAUUUUCUUGAUUUUUUCUUUGGUCUCCUUUUUUAAUUUUACUCUACUCCUUUUUUAAAUGUGUUACUGUUUAGAAUUUAGAGGGAUAAGUAAAUAGAUAACAACAUGAAUUUAACGAAUAAACAAUUAUAAGGGAAUGGAAGUUUGAAGCAGUAGAGCAUAUACACAGAUGUUGAACAGUUGAAGUAUCUAAUGAGCAACUAUUGGAAGGGGGAAAUUGGUAAAUUGUAUUGAGAGGCUUCGGAUUUUUUAAAAUAAGUUAAAUGGGAAAAUGACAAAGAAAAAGCCAAAGAAAAGAAGAAAAAAGAGAUAAUCUGUUUUAAGAGAGUGUUACAUCACUCUUCUAAGAUACUUAAAUUGCUAAGAGUUUAACUGGUUAAGUAAUACACACCAUCAGUAUAAAUAAUUUUUACAUCAUAUCUCAUUUUUAAGAUUUCAUAUUCACAUCUUAAAAAUCGUAUCAGGCUGAUGGUAUAUAAAACUUACACUCAAUUGGAAAACACAAAAUUACUUGUAUAGAAAGUUAAGGUGAAUUACUGUAAUCUUUGUUGGAUAUAUUUAUUUAAGUGUAAUUGUUUUUUUUUUGAAAAAGUAAACUUUGGAGCGGGAUGGGUUUAAGAAGAAAAAAAAAAAAAAAAGACGGUUGCAAGUGGCAAUAGGUAGUUUUGUUAGUUAACGCAGAUAUAUAUACCCUAUCAAAAUAUAAUGCAGAUAUAACUUCUUAUUACUGCUUAUAGUUGAAGAACUUAAUUUCUUUUCUUCACUACUAAAAAUCCCUGCAAAGUUAACAGAAAUUAGAGAUCUUUCAUAGCUUCGAGAGGGUUUAAUCAUGGUGAAAACACUGGAAAAGAAGGAAGAAAAGAAGGCGAAAAUGAAAAGAAUUGAUAUUCAUGCAGCUUUAACUCUUUCAGGGUUUAAGUUUGCUGACCUAAGUAAGAAAAUUGACCAAGAAAAGAAAAUGAGAUCACCAAGUUCAAAAACAAGAAAUCUUGAUGGUGCAUUUGAGGUAAAAUCAAAAACCCCACGUACCAAAUUUGCAGGAAAAUCAAAUCAAAGGUCUAAAAAGUUGGCAAAACCAAGAUUUGGUCAUGGAAUUGAUGAAAAAGAUCCGUUACCAACAUACCCUCAUAUUGAGAAAAUACUGGAUAUUAUUGGAGAAUGCAGUGACCCUUUUGAGAAAAAACUGUUAAAAACUGAUCUUGACAGUGAUAAAGACAAGAUUUCAUUUAACAGAGAGGAUUUUAAAAGGACACUUUUGCCAAUUUUGAAGGGUAAUGAAAUACGUGAUCUUGGUAUUGGGAUUCCAGUGAAAACAUUUGAUGAAUUUGGGAAUUGUUAUGACAUGAUUUUCGAGACGUAUCGUAAUGCUUUUUACAAGCUUUGCAAUGGAUGGAAAAAGUUGUUGAAGGUUCAUAAAUUGAAGGAAAAUGAAGAUUGUUAUGUUGCUGUUUGGAUGUUUCGACAUGUAGAGACUGAUGGACUUUGUUUUGCUCUGAUUUUGAAGAGGUAAUAAUUCAAAUUUAACACACAAGAUUAGAAGAAUUUGAAGUAUAUACAAGUCUCUAUAGUAUGAUUAGUAUCAGUCUGAUAAGUGAUUCAGAGUCUUAAAUGAUGGGUUUCUGCAUUUUUUUUCUUUUUCUGGUUAGUCAUGUCAUCAAUUUUAUUAGUGUUAAUCUCCAGUGGGGUUUAAAAGUCUUGUUAAUGUUCAUUUCUUUUAGUCCUGUAUGAAGUAUGAACAGAUACUAUAAACAAUGUAGAAAGCAGAAAUAUAUUGGAUUAGCAGUUUUUGCAU